CAAAUUAUUAUCAGAAAGGAAAAAAAAAGUGUAGCAUUUGGGUUGAGGUUCUCACUCGUUGCUCCUUACUGAAAACUUGAGGCCAGGGUGCCUCUCACUGUGCUGUGUGUUAUCUUAAACACAGAAGAAGAGGUUGAGGAGAGGAGGGAGAAGAAGAGCAAUUAUGGCAGCGGAGUCAGUGAGCGUGGCGUCGUCUCUCUGCAAUCUGAAUGGGUCGCAGAGGAGACCGGCCAUGUUGAGUCCGGUUCGGUACAUGGGUGCUCGACCAAAACCCUAUAACGCUUCCGCUACUUCAUCUUCUCUCUCUCACUUCCUUGGGAGUUCCAGAAUCAAAAUCAGUUCUUCAAAGCUCUACCAUUUGCACCCCAAGACUCCAAGAAACUUGUCAGUUUUGGCUAUGUCCGCUGAUGCAAAGAAGACUAGUGAGGAAGGCGAUAAGCGCUCACUGCCAAGCAUGUCUGAUAUUCUUGAAGCUUCUAGAGCACAGAAACUGGACCUUCAACUCAAAACCCUGGGACCCUUCUUCAGGAUCACUGCCACUAGCCUCCAAACCCGCGCAGAGCUGGGAAAAGCUGAAGGCCUUAUACGAAUCUCGUUUCAAGGAACAAAGAUUCUUCACUUGGAUUCCAUGAAGCUCCGCAGGGAAACCCUCAGCAUGGAGAAAUCAAUCUUUGGCCUCGGUUUGUUCAUUGGUGCCGUCGCUAUUCGCCACGGCUACGAUUCUGGCUGCACCACCGCUCAGUUACUCGCAAUCAAUGAUUCUGACCUUUACCAUUCUAAGUUGGUUAGGUUCUACAGCAGACUUGGAUUUAGAGAGGUGUGCCAAGUGAGUGGCUCAUCAAUUGGGGAUAUUCCACACAUGCUGGUUUGGGGAGGUGUUGGUACACGGAUGGAUGCCAGCAUUGAGGAACUCAUGCUCAAAUGGUGUACCAGAUUCAAGAAAAAUCAAAGCCCUCAAUCAUGACUGAUCCCAUUACAAUUUACCUUUUUUUUUUUUUUUGAUCAAGUGAAUUGGACAGCCUCCAAUCCUAGGCAUCAGCCCCAUAUUUCACACACACACUACCAUGGGUAUCAUGAGUUCUUAAACCAACAACCAGCCACAGUUGGAAUUAGAACCCGGGUACAACGUUGUAUGAGGCAGAUAAGUAAACCAUCUGUGCGUUGUAUGAGGCAGAUAAAUAAACCAUCUGUGUUGGGCCUCUGCUGCACCUUCUUUUCUAAUUUCCUAUGUUUUGAAGGGUUUUUUUUAUAUUUUUGUACAAAGAAGGCCCUAAGGCCAAAAAAUAUUUUGAAGUUUGAUUUUAAAUAUGUAUGAUUUUUUUUACAAUCUCGCUACAAGAAU